AUGUCUGAGAUUACCGGCGUCAUUCCUUUCAUCUACGGCGGCGAGACCUACAACACCUGGUACAAGGUCACUGGAGACCUGAAAUCGGGCCAUCUGAUCAUAGGAAAUGCGAGCGCAUCUAUGGAGCUGUGGAUGAAGGGUACAAAUGCGCUGCUUGAACGGCUGCCGGAGGAUCUUAGGGAGACGUUGAGGCGGCACGAGAGGGAGGGUACGACGGAUAGCAAGGAGUGUCAGGACGGCAUGCAGGUCUUCUAUCAGAAGCACGUCUUGCGAUGA